CUGCAUGUACAUCCAUCCAUCCACCUUCGGUCCCACCGCCUCUGCCGUACACUCGCGGAUCGAUUGUUGCGCGUUGGGUCCUCCGUCGUCUCUCGACUCCGUUCUCCGUUCUCCGUCCCCAUCGCAGUGUGUUAUGGUGCGCCGUCACCGCCGCUUGCACCGCGUCCUCCUUCAUUGCCACACAUCGCGUCUGUGAUGCCGACCGGCUUCCUGCUGCUCCUGCUGGCCGCGCUCGCCGCCGCCUGCCACGCUCUGCUCGAGCUGCCGGACACCUCCGGCAUCGACGGCCAGCUCACCGCCAACCUGGGGGUGGACCACUUCUUCUCCCUGUGGCUGGUCUUCAACAACGACGACGUCAAGACGUCAGGCGAGCCCUUUACGAUACUCGCGCCGCAGAACUCAGCGACCAAACGCGCCGAAAACCUCCUGCAGCAGCCCGAGCUCGUAAAGCAGCUCCUUCUGGACCAUGUGGUGCUCGGUUCGCGCAUAGAUCUGACAAAUGUGACCGACGACGCCUCGUUUAAAACGCUCGGAGGGCGGACGGUUCACGUCCGCCACAUAAAGGACGGCAAGCUGAAGGCGAACGACGCCAACAUCGUCGAGCGCAAGGUGGAGGUGCCGAACGGGCUGCUGGUGGUCCUGGACAACUACCUGUUCCCGGAGGAGCAGGUCGCGAAGAAGAGCCCCACGCAGGGCAAGCUCGUGGACAUCGCCAACUUCGCCCCCAGCGAGGACGCCAAGAACCAGUCCAACACCACCUUCGUGGAGAACGUCAUGGAGGUGCUGUCGUUCCUCAAGAGCGGAGUCCGGGUCUUCCAGCACUUCCUGUCGAGGUCCAACGUGUCGAAGCUUCUCGAGGACGGCGAAGAAUACACCGUGUUCGUCCCGACAGAUCACGCUUUCCAGAGGUGGCACCCGAUCGAUUGGGGUUUUUAUCCCUUUAGUGUGCCCGAGUUCACCGAGAGUAUCAUCAUCAACCACUUCGUCAAGGGGCGGCUUAAGCAAGACACUAUCAAGGAUGGGCAGGUCGUCACGACGCUGGGUGGACGCGAGAUAGUCUUUAAGAAGACUCCUAACCUCUCCGUCAACGGCGCGAUGGUGGUAAAAGGCGACACCCCCGUGUCCCGGGGCAACAUCAUGUUCAUCGGCGAAGUCCUCUUCGUCAGCGAAGCCGUGGUCUCCAAGCUGCACCAGCAGCACCGGGACAAAGAAACCCCACCUUUGCUCGCCUUCCCCUGGUUCGGGGCCCAAUUCCUGUCGCACGCCUUCCUAGCCCUCGAGCGGGACAAGCGCUUCACCCACAUCACCAGGUUCCUGAACCUAGCCGACCUGGCGCCCCACGUCUCCGGGACAGGCUACACCUUCUUCGUGCCCACGGACACGGCCUUCGAGGAACUGGGCCUGGAUAAAAUGCCCGACAACUACCUGUCCACGGGAGACGGACUCCAGAUACUACUCAACCACUUCGUCAAGGGGAGACUAUACGACAAGGACUUGAAGGACGAAAUCGAGCUGACAACCCUCGGGAAUAAAACGAUCGUCAUAAAAAGGACCAAAGAUAAAGUCAAAGUCAACGACGCCACCAUCGUCGAGAGCGAGGUCUUCGUCUACAACCUGGGUACGAUGUUCUACAUCGACAAGGUACUUUUCACUAGCGCCAACAGCCUGCCGCCCACCAGCACGGAGCUGGUGAUGACCAUCAAGCCCACCACGACCAGCGACUUCACGACGGCUUCCGAGAUCGAGCUGGUUCCCGACGAGAUCGCCGAGGAGGCCGGUUCUUUGCCGGACGUGCUGUUCGCUGAUGGUACAGCGACCACCGACGAAACGUCGCCCACUGUCAAGUCCACGACCCAGAAAGCAACAAUUAAAUGAAUCCAUCAUGUUCCUAGGCGAAUUGAGGAAACUAAAAAGACAGUUUUGAUCGGUGUGCUGCAACAGAUUUUUUGAAUGAUGUGAUUGUUUUAUUAGAUUUUUUAUCGUAGCUCUAGUUCUCUUUUACAUUUAUGUUAUUGACAGACUAUAUAGACAUGGAAGUUGAUUUUAUGGGUUCUAGCAUAGACGAUGUACAAUACUAUGUGUAUAUAGUCAAAGUAUUUAUGUAUUUUAGACGAGUAUGCAGGGUGUUUUGCGCGCGCAGCUGGGGCGUGCGCGCGUGAAACAUCCUGUAUAAAUAGAAAAAAAAAACUGACUGAUGAAUGUUAGAAGAGACAAUUUGCAAAUAUUUUGCGAGUUGAUUUAUAUUUCUAUAAAAUUAAUAUUUAAAAAGAAAUCUGUUUACUUAGUAAAUAGAGUAUAUGUUGUGUAUUUAGAAGCUUUAUAUUUGGAAAAAUUACGACAUACAUGUUUAGUGAUAGUGGAAACAUUCCAUGUAAGUGUAAUGUUUAUUCAUUUGUAUAAAUAAAAGUCAAUUGUUAUUUUAAUACAGAA